UAUCCCCGCCACUCCAACUGGCAUCUCGCAUCUCUUGACUCUCUUCUCUCUUCCGGCAAAUCCGGCAUAAUAAAAUUGUUGAAGCUUGCAGCUCGCCGGCAUAGCAACUUCGUUACUUCCACAUUCAAUAUCGUUUUCUUGAUCAUCUCACAGACGGAAAAUGCCAAGCUACAAGCUGACUUAUUUCCCUGUAAAAGCUCUUGCAGAGCCAAUUCGUUUCAUCUUCGCUCACGCCGGUGUGGAAUAUGAAGAUGACCGAUUUGACCGCAACGAUUGGCCAAAAUUAAAACCUGAAAUGCCAUUCGGCCAAGUACCAGUUCUCGAAGUGGAUGGUAAGAAGAUUCAUCAGUCUGCGGCAAUUUGCCGCUAUUUGGCAAAGCUGCACGGCCUUGCUGGCAAGGAUGACUGGGAAAAUCUCGAGAUCGACGCUACCGUCGAUACGAUUCAUGAUUUGCGUUCGAAAAUCGGUGCUUAUCACUACGAGGCGAACGAGGAGAUAAAGGAGAGCAAAUACGGGCCUCUGACCAAAGAGAUAAUCCCCUUUUACACCGAACGCUUGGAUGCUCAAGUAAAGAAAAACGGUGGUUAUCUCGUCGGCGGUAAAUUGACUUGGGCCGAUUUAACUUUUGUCGCUCUUCUCGACUACAUCAAUUUCAUGACCAAGUUCGACAUCACCGAGAAACACGAGAAUCUCCAAGCCUUGGUUAAAAAAGUUCUCCAACUUCCUAGCAUCAAAGCGUGGGUGGAGAAACGCCCCAAGUCUGACUAUAUAAGAGAAUUGCUAUUGAUAUGGAUUUGGUUUAAGUGGCUUCGUAAUCGAUAUGCUGCCAGCGAUCGACACGCACAAGCAAAAAACAUGUCGAGCUACAAACUGACCUACUUCAACAUCACCGGGCUGGGUGAACCAAUCAGAUUCAUGCUGAGUUACGGAGGCGCUAAGUUCGAAGAUGUUCGUCUAAGUUUCGAAGAAUGGCCCAAACAAAAGCCAAAUAUGCCAAUGGGCCAAGUGCCGGUGUUGGAGAUCGAUGGCAAGAAAUACCAUCAGUCCAAGGCAAUCGGACGUUAUCUGGCUAAGAAAUUCAAUCUGUAUGGCAAAGACGACCUCGAGGCUCUGGAGGUCGACGCUGCUGCUGAUAGUAUCGAUGAUCUGAGAAUAGCUUUGUCAACCUACUUCUGGGAAAAGGAUCCCGCAUUCAAGGCAAAACUGAAGGACGUUGCUUUCCAAAAACUUCCAGUUUGCCUCGACAAUUUCAACGCCCAAGUGAAGAAAAACGGCGGCUAUUUCGUUGGUGGAAAGGCUUCCUACGCGGACAUCCUUUUUGCAGGUUUUUAUGGCUAUUUCAGCCACGUUCUCGGUCACGACUUCGCCAAGGAUCAUCCUGAGUUGAAGAAACUCGUCGAGAAGAUCUACGCUAAUCCGGGCAUCAAAGCUUACAUCGAAAAACGCCCGAAGACUGAUUUCUAAAUUACAACACACAUUAUGAAAGCCUCAUACGAAAUUUAACAACCCUCGAUUUUGUACUUUAUACUUCUUACACACACGAAAUUUGCUUAGCUCUUGAUCCAAUGAAGGAAAGAGUACCGUAUAUUUUCGCUUGUUCUUGUAAUUUUUUCACGUCAAAAUACACUAUACACACAAGUUCA